UGGAGGCCGACUCUGGGCCGGACUCCAUUCAUCCCCUCUGCCUGCCGGGCUUGGGGCCUCGGGUUCAGGGAGCCAUGGAGGCGCUGAUCCCAGUCAUCAACAAGCUCCAGGAUGUCUUUAAUACCGUGGGCGCCGACAUCAUUCAGCUGCCCCAGAUCGUCGUGGUUGGAACCCAAAGCAGUGGAAAAAGCUCAGUGCUAGAAAGCCUUGUAGGGAGGGACCUACUCCCAAGAGGUACUGGAGUUGUCACCAGAAGACCCCUUAUUCUACAGUUGGUCCAUGUUUCACAAGAAGAUAGAGGAAAAGCAUCUGGAGAUGAAAAUGACCCUGCAACAUGGAAAAAUCCAAGACACCUUUCUAAAGGCAUUCAGGCUGAAGAGUGGGGUAAAUUUCUGCACACCAAAAAUAAGCUCUACACUGAUUUUGAUGAAAUUCGACAAGAAAUUGAAAAUGAAACCGAGAGGAUUUCAGGAAGUAAUAAGGGAGUCAGCCCUGAACCUAUUCAUCUGAAGAUUUUCUCACCUAAUGUUGUAAAUCUGACUCUUGUGGAUUUGCCAGGCAUGACAAAGGUACCUGUAGGUGAUCAGCCAAAGGAUAUUGAACUUCAGAUCAGAGAACUCAUCCUUCGUUUCAUCAGUAACCCAAAUUCCAUUAUUCUGGCUGUCACUGCCGCUAAUACAGAUAUGGCAACAUCGGAGGCUCUUAAAAUUUCAAGAGAGGUGGAUCCAGAUGGUCGUAGAACCCUUGCUGUAAUCACUAAACUAGAUCUCAUGGACGCCGGUACUGAUGCCAUGGAUGUGUUGAUGGGAAGGGUUAUACCAGUUAAACUUGGCAUAAUUGGAGUGGUCAACAGGAGCCAGCUGGAUAUUAAUAAUAAGAAGAGCGUAUCUGAUUCUAUCCGUGACGAGUAUGCUUUUCUUCAGAAGAAAUAUCCGUCAUUAGCCAAUAGAAAUGGAACAAAAUAUCUUGCUAGGACACUGAACAGGCUGCUGAUGCACCACAUCAGGGACUGCUUGCCCGAGCUGAAAACGAGAAUCAACGUGUUGGCCGCCCAGUACCAGUCUCUCCUGAACAGCUACGGCGAGCCUGUGGAUGACAAGAGCGCUACCUUAUUGCAGCUUAUUACCAAAUUUGCCACAGAAUAUUGCAACACCAUUGAGGGAACCGCAAAGUACAUAGAGACGUCUGAGCUAUGUGGUGGUGCUAGAAUAUGUUACAUUUUCCAUGAAACCUUUGGGAGAACAUUAGAGUCUGUUGACCCUCUGGGUGGCCUUAAUACCAUUGAUAUUUUGACUGCCAUUAGAAAUGCUACGGGACCUCGUCCUGCCUUGUUUGUGCCUGAAGUUUCAUUUGAAUUAUUAGUAAAGAGACAAAUCAAACGGUUAGAGGAGCCCAGCCUUCGUUGUGUGGAGCUGGUUCAUGAAGAAAUGCAAAGAAUUAUUCAGCAUUGUAGUAAUUAUAGUACCCAGGAGUUGUUGAGGUUUCCCAAACUUCACGAUGCUAUAGUUGAAGUCGUCACUUGUCUUCUUCGGAAGAGGUUACCAGUUACAAAUGAAAUGGUCCAUAACUUAGUUGCGAUCGAAUUGGCCUACAUCAACACAAAACACCCAGACUUUGCGGAUGCCUGCGGGCUCAUGAACAAUAAUAUCGAGGAACAAAGGAGAAAUAGGUUGGCAAGAGAGUUAACUUCAACGGUGCCACGGGACAAGUCUUCUAAAGUUCCAGGUACUUUGGCACCUGCCUCCCAGGAGCCCUCUACUGCUGCUUCUGCUGAGGCUGAUGGCAAGUUAAUUCAGGAGAACAGAAGAGAAACUAAACAUGUGAGUCUCCUGCCUCAGAAUGGCAAUAUGGUCCCCGUAGGUGGCGUAGGGGACGGGACUCAAGAGCCGACAACAGGCAACUGGAGAGGAAUGCUGAAAACCUCAAAAGCUGAAGAACUGUUAGCUGAAGAGAAAUCCAAACCAAUUCCCAUUAUGCCAGCCAGUCCACAAAAAGGCCAUGCUGUGAAUUUAUUGGAUGUGCCUGUGCCGGUUGCACGUAAACUCUCUGCCCGGGAACAGCGAGAUUGCGAGGUCAUUGAACGACUUAUCAAAUCGUAUUUUCUUAUUGUCAGGAAGAACAUACAAGACAGUGUGCCGAAGGCCGUGAUGCAUUUCUUAGUCAAUCACGUGAAGGACACUCUUCAGAGUGAGUUAGUGGGGCAGCUCUACAAGUCACUGUUACUGGACGAUCUUCUGACUGAAUCUGAAGACAUGGCCCAGAGAAGAAAGGAAGCCGCCGACAUGCUAAAGGCCUUACAGCGAGCCAGUCAGAUAAUUGCUGAGAUUCGGGAAACUCAUCUUUGGUGAAGAAAAGUCCGCGGCACGCACGGGGGCGAAGAUGCUGCCUCUUGUACUAGUUGUUGCAAGGUUCACUCGAGUGUCAUUUAGGAAUUCUUCCCAUGUUUGGAACUAUGUAAAUCUGUUAUGAGAAAUUUUGAGACAAAAAAUGUACCGUUUUGCAGAAGAAACAUAUAUAUAUAUAUAUAUAAAUUCCCCCUAUUAAAUAUGAAUAGCUGGUUCCCUGAAAUGUUCCGUGUGUGUAAAUGUCUCUGUACAUGUAUGUUCCAGCAGUGCCAGGCUUCUGGAGCCAGUUUGUCCAGCUUGUCUUGCCCUGUCUCACAAGGUCUUGUGAUCUCCUAAGCAGUCUCAAGCGACCACCAGCUCGAGCCCACUGAGAACAAAGAGCAGCGAGAGAUUUUGACUGGAAAGCUCGCAGACUCCAGUACAGCAACUGAUCUGGCCCUCGGAGAUUUGCAAGUUGCUCAAGUUUGACAUCGUUUUAGAAUCCACGUUUCCUCAAAAAAUGGCUGUCUUUUAGCAUCUUAACUUCCUUCCCGUUAGAUUGGCGAGCAAAAAGCCGAAGGCAGAAAGAGUGCAGUGCUAUUGCCUGGAAAGAAUCCGUGAGGACUGAGCUCGGCCAAGCCGGGGGCCAAAAAAGGGCAAUGAUUCAGUUUUGACUUCCAAAAUUCACACUUUUAUUCUCUUCAAAUCUACCUUGAGGAUAACCGGCCCUCCCUGUUCUUUAAGGCCGGAAGUUAAUAAAAGUGGAAUUGUUCUGAGAAGUAAUGAUGCCACAUAUUAGAUGACUUGGGAAGCACUGGGCAGAGGGACAAAGUAGCCCCUGGUUUCUUUUUUUCCCCCCAAAGCAAGGACUGAUUUUAAUAAAGGCCAGAGUUUCUUGGCUAACAACUGCUAGGAAAGGCUACCGAUGACUGUUCUACCCCAAGUUAGACACAUACAUGACUUCAUUAGAAGAUUCGGUCCCUUAACACCUCGUCAAAAUCAAGUUCUUGAAGCCCUUUCAAAAUGGCCCCAAAUGUGGGAAAUCGUGCACUCUACCAGACAGGCAAAGGGCCUUGGGCAACAUUUUAGGAAUACCUCGUAUUGCACUAGUCAUGUCUCCUUGAUACCGUCACACCCACAUCCAGAAACUUCACCUGAUCUCACAUCCUUGCUCUUAGGGGCUGCCAACAAUAGUAGUGACAGAUUAUAACCGGAUUGCUUCCGUUUUGUUUCAAGUGAUGGGUGAAACAUUACAUUUGGAGGGCGGGAAACAUUCGAGUGAAGCACCGAGGUAGAGAGAAAACUUCUGACCUUAAUGUCUGCGGUUGCUAUUGUAAAUAAAACUGGUGUGAAAGACAGCCAAUAAAUGAGUACUUUGGAA